UCCAUUAGUUUCUGUUUUCCCUUCAUUUGCCUCAAAAUCUGCCGUUGAUCUGUCAUCCAAUGGACAGCAACAAGCAAGCCCAGUCCUCCUCUUAUCCUCCUCAGCCCACCACUUUUUCUAUUACACAUCCUCCCAACUCCGCCGCCAUUGCCGGCACUCCACCGGUACCCUUCCACCACCUCCUCCAGCAGCAGCAGCAACAACUCCAAAUGUUUUGGUCUUACCAGCGCCAAGAAAUCGAGCAGGUCAACGACUUCAGGAACCAUCAGCUACCUCUCGCUCGCAUCAAGAAGAUUAUGAAAGCCGACGAAGAUGUCCGUAUGAUCUCAGCUGAAGCCCCCAUUCUCUUCGCCAAGGCUUGCGAGCUUUUCAUCUUGGAGCUUACCAUCCGUUCUUGGCUUCACGCCGAGGAGAACAAGCGGCGGACGCUUCAGAAAAACGACAUCGCCGCGGCAAUUACUAGGACCGACAUUUUCGAUUUCUUGGUGGAUAUUGUUCCCAGGGACGAGAUCAAGGAUGAGGUUGGUUUGGGUGGGAUGGUGGGUGCCACUGCUAGUGGAGUGCCGUACUUUUACCCUCCCAUGGGUCAUCCAGCUUCUGGUGGUCCAGCUGGACCUGGCGGGAUGAUGAUCGGGAGGCCUGCCGUCGACCCCACCGGUGCUAUGUAUGCGCAGCCUCCCUCGCAGGCUUGGCAGAGUGUUUGGCAGACGGCGGGUGCUGACGAUGGGUCGUUUGCGAGCGGAGGUAGCGGCGGUGAGCGAAAUCUUGACGGACAAGGUUAAGCAAUUCAUUGGUCCGAUAUGAGUGCUCGAUGGUGUUUCAAAUCGGGAGAUGCUCUCGGGUAAAUUAAUUGGGAAUUUUGUUUGCUUGUGGUUUAUGAAUGUGAACCUGCCUGCCAUUGGUUAUGGAAGGCUACUUUUUAACUGUGAUUUACUUAGGAAAGACCCUUAACUAAUUGAAGUGCAGCAAAACAAAUGGCGUUUGCUGCUAUGACUUUGCCUAAUCGAAAUAUCUUCUAAUGUUGUGCAGUUCUGGGAUUAUCCCCAUGCUGUGUACUAAAAGUUAUUGUGCAUCUU